AUGAUGAUUUACACUCGUUCCAACCAUCGAUUAUUCAAAGACUCGUUUUCACCAAGGAUGUCUGUCCCGCGUCCCAUUGACCAACCCACGCACCGUCCUCACCUCAACAGCUCUCGCCUCGCCAUGCCUCUCCCGGUCCUGCUCGCCCUGCUCUGCGCCCUACACGCCCCCGCGAGCUCCGCGUCCACGGCGACCUACUCCCUCUCGCCAGGCCAGUCGCUCGCCGGCGACGACAAGCUCGUCUCCGGCGGCGGCAAGUUCGCGCUCGGCUUCAUCCAGAUCCCAGGCAGCGACAGCAACCCCUCCGGCUCCGGCGGCAACAGCACUCAGCUGGGCAUAUGGUUCAGCCUCAACCGUGUUCCCAAGCUGACACUGGUGUGGGUGGCCAACAGGGGAGGCAGCCCGGUGGCCGGCGCCGCGUCCCCGGAGCUCACGAUCUCCGGCGACGGCAACCUCGUCAUCGUGGACCGCGGCAAAGUCGCCUGGUCCACCCGAGCCGACGUCACAGCCAACAACAACAACAACAACAGGGCGGUCCUCCUUCUCCUGGACACCGGGAACCUCGUGCUGCGCAGCGCCUCCAACGCCUCCGACGUGAUGUGGCAGAGCUUCGACCACCCCACGGACACUCUGCUCCCCGGCGCCACCAUCGGGCUGGACAAGGUCACCGGCCGGAGCCGCCGCCUCGUCUCCAGGAAGAACCGGAUCGACCAGGCUCCGGGCGCCUACUCCAUGGAGCUGGGCCGGAGCGGCGUCGUCCAGAUGCUGUGGGACGCGUCCGUGCCCUACUGGUCCAGCGGGGAGUGGAACGGCGACUACUUCAGCUCGGUGCCGGAGAUGACCGCCCGCCACCUGAUAGGCUCCACCUUCGUCAACGACGACCGGGAGGUGUCCUUCGCCUACCACCUGCUCGACGAAACCAUCACCAUGUACAGCUUCCUGGACGUGUCCGGGCAGAGGAAGAUGCUGGUCUGGCAGGAUGCCACGCGGGACUGGGUGACGGUCUACGUCCACCCCACCACCCAGUGCGAGGUGCACGCCGUCUGCGGGCCAUUCACGGCCUGCGACGAGAGCGCGCCGGCGCCGUGCAGCUGCAUGAAGGGGUUCUCCGUGGGUUCGCCUGAGGAUUGGGACCUUGACGAUCGGAGCACGAGCGGUUGCAGAAGGAACACUCAGCUGAAUUGUGCUAGCAUUAGCAACGGCACCAUGGUUGGCAUGGCUGACAUGUUCUACGCCAUGCCGGCCGUCAGGUUACCCUAUAACCCCCACGGCGCCGCGGGAUAUGUCGCCAGCGCAGCCGAAUGCGAGCAGGUCUGUCUGAGCAACUGCUCUUGCACUGCAUAUUCCUUUGGCAGUGGUGGCUGUUCUAUGUGGCAUGGUGGAUUGCUGAACGUAAAACAACGCCAGAUUGAUGGUGCUUCUUCCAGCGGUGAUGGCGAAAUUCUUCACAUCCGCCUCGCGGCGAAAGAGUUCCGGACCCGGAAAAACAACAGUGUAGUUAUCAUUUUGGUUGCCAUUGGUGCAGGCCUCAACGCUUUGGUUAUCUUGGUACUCGUCGUAGCGCUACGCAGGACCAGGAGGAACAAAAGGUACAGUGAAACAUUGGACAAAAUCCAUGGUGGCAGUGGGCUUGUUUCAUUCAGAUACAGCGAUUUGCGGCGUGCAACUAGAGAUUUCUCAGAGAAGAUUGGGGCAGGUGGUUUUGGUUCUGUGUUCAAGGGGUCGCUAAAUGAUUCGACCACUAUAGCGGUGAAAAGGCUUUACGGUUGUUAUCAACAAGAGAAGCAGUUCAGGGCUGAGGUGAGUUCAAUUGGAAUCCUCCACCAUACAAAUUUAGUCAAAAUGGUUGGUUUCUGUUGUGAGGGCGACAAGAAGCUUCUUGUCUACGAACACAUGCCAAACAGUUCCCUUGAUGCCCAUCUGUUCAGGAGCAGUGCCAAAGCUCUGAAUUGGAGAACCAGAUACCAGAUAGCUCUUGGAGUUGCCAGGGGGCUGGCAUACUUGCACGAGAGCUGCCUGGACUACAUCAUACACUGCGACAUAAAGCCGCAAAACAUACUUCUCGACGCGUUGUUCGUUCCUAAGAUCGCCGACUUCGGGAUGGCAAAGCUUCUCACAAGGGAUUUUAGCCGGGUCAUGACCACAACCAGGGGCACAAUUGGGUACCUUGCCCCUGAAUGGAUCAGUGGAGUGGCCAUCACGCCCAAAGUCGAUGUGUAUGGAUAUGGGAUGGUGCUACUGGAGAUCAUAUCCGGGAGGAUGAACGCGAACGAAGAAUGCGGCAGCAGUGGUGAUGGCAUUGUUUAUUUCCCCAUCCAGAUGGCGCGCAAGCUUCUCGAGGGAAACGUCAUGAGCUUCGUGGAUGAUAGGUUAAACGGUGAUGUCAUCGUCGACGAGGUUGGAAGGGCUUGCAAGGUUGCCUGUUGGUGCAUUCAGGACAGGGAGUUUGAACGGCCAACGAUGGGCAAGGUAGUCCAGAUUCUUGAGGGUCUUGUUGAAGUUGACACCCCUCCGAUGCCUAAGCUACUCGAAGCUAUCGCCGGAAGAUCACACUCAGCAUGCACCUAG